GCGUUUAGCAUUUCGUUAUCUAUGCUCCAAGUGCAGAAACGUGGUGAUUCAAUAAUCGGUAGUUAUUGAGUUAGCCGUAAGCCACAUAUGUAAUCCGCGAUCUUAAAUCGGCGCGGUAGAGUCUCGUGGUUUUAUCGUAUUUUCCCGACGCUAGGAAAAUGGCGACAGUAGACACUAUUAUGCAAAGGAACCAGCGCCACUGACCACUGCACGUGGAAACACCGAGAUGUCGAGCGCGAGAUGGUCCCGAGUUGCUCUUUUUCGGAGACCCGAGAAAAGAGCGUACCCGACGAAGACCAAGGGGAGAGGGUACAUAGAAGGAACGCGAGAGAGACGGGAAAAAAGGGGGAAGGUUAGAAAGAGUUUUAUCGUUGCUCGCGAGGCUCCUUGUGCUCUCGAGUAGGUUCCCUCUUCUCCUCGCGUCCCUGUUCCCUUGCUCGUGGCGAGGAUAUCGCGGUUAGCUUGCUCACGGAUAUCCGCAUUGUUUCGCGUCAACCAGCCAAGUCAGCUGACCUACAUUGCACAGGCACCGGAGCAAAAUGGUAUAUCGAGCCACUCGAUGCUCGUCUACGGAAAACCACUCCGCGAUCCCGAGAGACCUUCUCAUCGAUGCCGCCUCUUCUCUUCUCUUCUCCGAUUCGUCAUCCUACGCCGGCAGCGUCGCCGCUACCCCUUCCAUCGACACGGCUACGUUCCGCGGGGGAUUCUACGUGCGGAACGUCGUCGCGGGUUCUGCGUCGAUCGGUCCACCGAAGUCUGUCCAGCCUGCUUACCGAGAGUUCGCGAUACGAACUGCCGCGGCGGGACGUUCGACGAACAGUUGUGUGCUCGCGCGGAAAACGAAAUUCCGCUCACCUUGACGCGUUCGCUGCCCCAUCAGUUGGAUAAACGCGGACCACGCUGCAUUUCUAACGACGUACACGAGGCAGAGGGAGGGCGGAAGGUGGGAAAAAUGCCCUCUUUUUACGAUUUCAGCGAAAUGAAGGACCAUCCGUCGCGUGGUAUCACCGAUACGAGGUAAGACGAUCCGCCUUCCCUUCGAUAAGACUCGACGCGCCAAGCGAUAAACGAUGGGCGCCGAAAACGUCGUCGACCAACAGUUUCACCGGCUACGGAUUCGCGUAAACCACAGCUCCCCAGUAAAUGAACUGGCGAAAGUGAAGCAACUUAACGCUGCGUCAAACUUGUUUCAGAACGGUCGCGUAGGAAUGUCAGAAUGAGAGGAGCUGUGCUACUGGGAGCGGUAAGAUCGGUCCGUGGAACUUUUCGGAGAACAAUCGUUCUCGUCUUCCUGGCGACAUUUCUUUGGCUGCAGCUGAACGUGAUCAGCCUGACUGGCCGAGACUCCGCUGCCCAAUCAUCCUCGAACGAAACCCUGUUCGCCCUCGUGCCCCAAGAAUUGCAUAGGUUCCUCAAGGACCGUCGAAAUGGCAGUUCUACGUCCCCGAACUCAACUUCCGAAGUGCUAACCGAGCUGGAAAUCGCAGAGAUACGACGCAACAUACAAAAGUCAAAUGCAGAGCAGAGGGUGUACAACGAGGAGGCGUUUGGUCCGCUGGCGCCGGACGCCCCCGUGAUAGUGGUCCAGGUGCACACUCGUCUCACGUACCUCAGACACCUGAUCGUGUCCUUGGCCCAGGCAAAAGGCAUCGAGCAAACCCUUCUUGUCUUCAGCCACGACGUAUGGCACCCAGACAUCAAUUAUCUCGUGCAGAGCGUCGACUUUUGUCGCGUCAUGCAAAUCUUCUACCCCCACAGCAUCCAGACGCAUCCUAGGACCUUUCCAGGAGAGGAUCCCAAUGAUUGUCCGCGAAAUAUUCGCAAGGAACAAGCAUUGAACCUGGGAUGCAUCAACGCCAAACAUCCCGAUCUCUACGGUCACUACAGAGAGGCCAAGUUCACGCAGACGAAGCACCACUGGUGGUGGAAGGCCAACCGUGUGUUUGAUCAGUUGUCGAUCAUGAGGAACCACACGGGCAUGGUGCUCUUCCUCGAGGAGGAUCAUUACGUUGCCGAAGACUUUUUACACGUUCUCAGACUGAUGGAACGGACCUGCAAACAUAGCUGCGAGCGAUGCAACGUCCUGUCCUUGGGCACUUACCUCAAGACGUACAAUUACUUCGCCGACUUUAAUCGAAAGUUCCUUGGCGUCACCAGCGCCCUGCAAAAGGAGCUCCUGCGCGGAUUAAAGAGGCGGGAAACAUCGGCGGGGCAGCAGGCUGCAAGGGCCGAGGGCAUCGGCAGCGGGGCAUUACCGAGCAGCAGCGUCGCCACCGGCACGAGCAGCACCGGAAACUCCAGUGUGAUCGGUAGCGGCACCGGUGGCGCCAAUUCCGCCAGUCGGAACGCGCUGACGGCGCAACCAGCUCCCGCAUGGGCUUUCCAGCUCCUGCCCGGUCUCUACAGUCAUUACCAAAAGGCCGAGGUAAUCCCUUGGAUCUCCAGCAAACACAACAUGGGAAUGGCGUUCAAUCGCGUCACGUGGAACAAAUUACGAAAAUGCGCCUCGCAGUUCUGCUCGUACGACGAUUACAAUUGGGAUUGGAGCCUUCAACACAUAGCUCAAAGCUGCGUGCCUCCUAGCAAAGGUGCUGGAGUCGCACCGCGAACCGAAUCUGGCCUGGUCACGAUGAUGAUGAGGGCGCCCAGGGUCUUCCACAUUGGAGAAUGCGGCGUUCACCACAAGAAGAACAACUGUGAAUCGACUGCCACGAUAGCGAAGGUUCAGAACGUGCUGAAGGCCGCCCAGGAUCAUCUGUUUCCUAAUCGGUUGACGCUCACCGUGGCUGGUACUGCAAAAAAAACGAAACUCAGGAAGGGCAACGGUGGAUGGGGCGACGUACGAGAUCAUCGACUCUGUUGGAACAUUACCGUUUUCCCAGACCUGGUUUUACCUUGAAUUCACGAACGAGCCACGGGGAUCCUGUGUCGUUCUCGAGAUUCCCAACCAUGAAAAAGCCUCGCGCCAUGCCAUGCUACGCUACGUCUAACUUAGCCUCGCCUCGCCUCGCCACGCGUCGUCACGCGUCUUGUUUCGUGUCUCUAGAGAGAGACUCUCCUUUAACAAGUUCCUUAGUGUCGGUGAGAAACUCUACCAGUCGCGUCGAUCGAAACGAAUUUUCUCGAUCGCGCGCGAACGUCGUCUAAUUUCACCGACGGUAUCGUUUGUCCUUUGCCGCUUGUCGUGUCGCACGAUAUCCUUAGCAUCUUAUAAGGAGACCCUAGGUGCAGAGUCGGGCUGGUCGAUGAGGUUUUGCACAGUGAUAGAGCUUCGAGUACGGAAGCCAGUGAUUGUGGUAAUACGAUUAAUAGUUUGCGAGAUAGUUAAUGUUAAAGUUUUGGUGGUCUAGUCAUCUGCAACAGUGAAGUAACAAGUUUUCAGCUAAGAGUAGGGUUACCAGCUGUACUCUUCUUGUGAUAGUGAAGCGACAUACUCUCAUGUUUCACACGUCGAGUGUACUCCUUUAAUUGCAAAACUACUUGCAAUGUACGUGGUUAUCUACUUUAAUCUGUGAUUUGAUUUUUGUGAUGUUACUAAUUGUAGGUCCUGGACGUUCGAUUAAAAUUUUGUAUUUAUGUCAAUGAAAAGUAUAUUCCAGAAUUUCUUUUAUUUCAUUGAAUACCUGCUAUAUUUUACACACAUCAACACUACAUCCCUUUCCCCUAGAUCUGACUUAUGGAUCGAUAUUUUUUAGAGUAUGUCUUACAUACUCUUCUUAUGAUCCAGGUAAAGGAAUUAAAAGGAGUGUAUUUGGUGAGGUGCUUGUCUCACCACGUGCCAACAAUACUUGUCUGGUACAAAUUCAAGCCUACUAUAUGUAUAUGAUUAAAUAUUAAAAGUCUUAAAUUCCUUCAUUUUAUUCCCAUUUAUAGAAUAGACAUUUUAGUAUAUCACGAAUUGAAAAUUAACGAAAAUAGAAAACAAACAUAAUUAUGAUAGAAACUUGUAUUCAUAUACAAAUAUAAAAUAUACGAAAGAAAGAAAAGAAUAGUUAUCGCCAUUACUGUGCAGAACCUCAUCGACCAUUCUUAGUACUUACUCGGUACUAAUAGUUUCCUCGUUGGUAUUUGCCGUCGUCGUAGUGCUAAGGUUAUCGAACGAUUCGCACGGCGACGACUCGAUUUCGAUUUCGCGAGUGUAACCGACGGGUUAGGGUGUCGCGAUCGUCGCGGAGGAUCCUUGUUAGCAUAUCGUAUCGUAUUCUAGUCGUCGCACCUAACACGCGUACCAAGAGAUACAGUGGGUCAACAAAGUAUUUUCGUAAACGAUAAAAAGCUUUCUUGAUCCAGUGUACAUCGGAGAUUCGAUCUUUCAACGAAUCUGAUCGCUUCGUGACGAUUCGGACGAAGAAACGACUCGCGAACCACCAAAGCCAUCCACGAGUCGCUUUCGAAAUCUACAUAGGGUACAUUUUAUAUUUAUAACGACACCAACGAAAAUAAACUGAAUCGAUCGAUUUUCUCGUAUCCAUCCA